AACCAGCCUCCUCGGUUGGGAGCGCGCACGCAGCCCGCGCACUGUUUGUCACUGACGUCACGUUCUCGCCCAGUAACGUGAUCCGGAGCCCGAAUGGCGGCGCAGAGAGGGGAGUUCAAAUCGAGCGGAGGCUUCCACAGCCCUUGAGUCCCACAGAGGCCGCCAUGAAGCGCAUGAAAUCAGCCAGGAGCCCCGCGGGGCCCGGGAAUGAGGUAGAAGAUGCUCGGCCGCCGGAGCUGCUGGCAGAGGAGGAAGAUUCAUCUGCCAAAGCGCUGGUCAGUUUGAAAGAGGGGAGCUUAUCAAAUACUUGGAAUGAGAAGUACAACUCCCCGCAGAAAACUCCCACCUGGAAGGGCGGCAUUAUCUCUGCUAAUGAGACACCCUACAGGUUAUCAAAGCGUAGCCGCAUUUUCUCUGAUGAGGAUGAACCCCAGUUAACUACCCGCUCACCCAAGAGAAACCCAAAGACUACUGUGGUGCCUCAGAAGUUCAAUGUUACAAUGACUACCCCGGUAAAGAAAGCAUCUCAGAAAAUUGGCUACAGAUUACGGAACUUGUUGAAACUGCCCAAAGCGCACAAAUGGUGUAUAUACGAGUGGUUUUAUUCAAAUAUAGACAAGCCGUUAUUUGAAGGCGAUAAUGACUUUUGUGUUUGCCUAAAAGAAUCUUUUCCAAACCUUAAGACAAGAAAACUAACGAGAGUGGAAUGGGGGAAAAUAAGGCGGCUAAUGGGGAAGCCACGAAGAUGUUCUGCUGCUUUUUUUGAGGAGGAACGAUCUGCUCUGGAGCAGAAGCGGCAGAAAAUAAGACUCUUACAGCAAAGGAAGGUUGCAGACGUGUCACAAUUCAAAGAUCUUCCAGAGGAAAUACCGUUAUCACUAGUGAUUGGAACCAAAGUUACAGCUCGACUGCGUGGUGUUCAUGAUGGAUUAUUCACUGGCCAAAUAGAUGCUGUGGACACACAGAAUUCCACAUACAGAGUCACCUUUGAUCGGAAUGGACUUGGAACCCAUACAAUACCAGACUAUGAAGUUUUAAGCAACGAACCCCACGAAACCAUGCCAAUCGCUGCGUUUGGACAAAAACAAAGGCCCCCCAGAAUGUUCAUGACUCCCCCUCGAUCAAGUUACACUCCCGCCAUCCAGUCGCCUGUAAUGGAGAGUGAUACAUUACUUGCACAAUCCCCUUGGAAAACAAAGACGUCCAGCACAGACACUGAGACUAUAGGAGGCUUCCCAGUUGAAUUUCUCGUCCAGGUGACCAGGCUAUCCAAGAUCCUCAUGAUCAAGAAAGAGCACAUCAAGCUGUUACGAGAAAUGAACACAGAAGCGGAGAAACUGAAAUCUUACUCUGCUCCCAUUAGUAUUGAAUUUCAGAGGAGAUACGCAACCAUUGUCCUGGAUCUGGAGCAACUCAAUAAAGACCUUAACAAAGUCCUACACAAGGUUCAGCAGUACUGUUAUGAGUUGGCUCCGGAUCAGGGGCUGCAGCCGGCAGAUCAGCCAACAAGCAUGAGGCGGAGGUGUGAGGAGGAUGCCCGGCAAAUGGUGCGGAAAGCCAAUACUUCAUCCACAGGGCAGCCGUGUGUACAGAAUGAGAGUCUAACUGAACUCAUCUCCAGGCUUACUGCUAUCCUUUUGCAGAUAAAAUGCCUCGCAGAAGGAGGGGAUCUCAAUUCAUUUGAGUUCAAAUCGUUAACAGAUUCAAUAAAUGACAUAAAGAGUACGAUUCAACCUUCCAGUAUCAGCUGUUUCCAGAAUAACGUUGAGAUCCAUGUUGCUCACAUUCAGAGUGGCCUGAGCCAGAUGGGAAACCUCCAUGCGUUUGCUGCCAAUAACACCAAUAGAGACUGAACGGGAAACAUGCUGUGGCUAAUGACUCUGCUUUGCUUUUGGACAAGAACCCCUUGUAUCUUAUUUAGGGAUGCACCGAAUCCAGCAUUCGGUUUGGGAUUCGCCCUUUUUCAGCAGGAUUUGGUUUCGGCCGACUGUCUGCCCAAAUUUGGGGCGGGGAGGGAAAUCGCGUGACUUUUUGUUACAAAACAAGGAAGUAAAAAAUGUUUUCCCCCUUCCCCACCCCUAAUUUGCAUAUGCAAAUUAGGAUCUGGUUCGGUAUUCGGCCGGGGGUUCACCCAAAUCCAAAAUAGUGGAUUCGGUGAAUCCCUAAUCUCAUUAACGCGCCAGCAUUACUUAGCCGACGUCCAUUUUAACUAUUUAAAAUGAAAAAAUGAAUUCCCUUUGGAACAGUGAAAUAUAUCCUGCAAUCUGAUUUGGGACCUAGCGGAACAGGACGGCACAUCCCCCGAGGUUGGAAUUCUCUGCCAGGAUAACGACACAUUUGUUUUGCUUGCUCAAUGGAAGCCAAAAUCCCUGACGACAAGAUACCUGCCUAUACUUGAUACUGCUCAGGUGUAGUUGAGUACAGUAGCACCAGUAUUGCCGUCACUGCUCAGCCGAGGACCCCUGCAAACAAGAAACUUGAUUUCCAACGUUAUUUUUGCCUAUAGAUUUCACCGGUCGCAUUUUAUGGACUCUAUUCAAUGCCGUUUAUUUACUUUACCUUUAAACAAAGACCUUUUUUGUUUUUGUUGGCGGCCGCUAAUUGCACAGAGCUGCACACGAAUGCAUCCUAGCAAAGUUCAUCUUGUACAGAUUGUGUAUUGGGUUGUUUAAUAUAGGAGAUAUAAUAAUUAUAAUGUUGUUCUAGGAGCUAGAUGUAGAGAGGGUGUUUCUGAAUUUUCAGAGAACAGAGUAUUUUUUAUGUUCAUGUACAAAGGAAGUCUUUUCAAACUGAAUACAUUGUCUAGUUUGAAAGGGAAA